ACAAAUAAUGAAGAAAGAACAGUUAACGGUGCUAUACGCGGCACAAAUACUGGUAUACUACAAAUUUAUGAUCUUAAUAGUGAUGAACAAAUGGAGGAGAUAGUCGGAACAAAAAUUUAUGGUAAAAAUGACACCGCAGAUAUUUUAUUCACUUUGCCGGCUGGUGUUCUUUUUGGUAAUAGUGCCAAUUCUGUAGAUUCUCUUGGAACAUAUGUAGUUAUAGAAGUUCCAACAAAUUCAUCAUCAAACGUUACAACGACCAUUACUACUUUAGCAUCGACAACUUCAACUUUGUCAUUGAGUAUUAUACCAACUUAA